GGUAAACUGCUAAUUUGGAUAACAAGACACGAGGUGAUUCGCCAGACGACAUCGACACUUGGCUGGCGGAUUUCUCCACCCACAGAUAAUCUGGGGCGUUCCCGAAACAAUAUCGUGUGCGAUAGCGCAGGGAUUGUUUGAUGGUGGAAUUUGGGUGUGUGUUUGCGAUGACAGUUGUCGAUAUGAGUCUAUCUCGAGGAUACAAAACCUCGCCUCGGUCCUUGAAUCGAGGGCGUCGAGUUGUCCCACCCAGUCUCGUCAAUCUCGAAAUCAGGGGUAUCAGUCAGACUUGAAAAAACCAAAUGGCGACCGUGAAGAACGUCCUCAAGCGCCUCGAAGUCAAGGACCACGAUGAAGGGUCUCUUGAAAAGAGAGUCAACCACGACAUCCGGCCUCUUGAGCCACACAGACGGACAUACGGUCCCUGGCAGUUUGUGACUCUCUGGGUCAUCACCGGUUCUUUCAACAUCGGCGGCUGGACCACCGGGUCCUCGCUGAUCGCCCUGGGGCUCAAUGUCUGGCAAGCGAUGUUGACGGUCAUCAUUGGAAACGUACUCGUCGGUUUCCUGUGCGUCGCGAGCGGAGCCCCGGGCGCCAAAUGGCACAUCGGGUUCCCGGUCAUCCAGCGCUGCUCCUGGGGCACGCGAGGAUUCAGGUUCAUCGUCGUCCAGAGGAUCUUCCUGGCCUGCAUCUGGUUCUCGACCCAGGUCUACUGGGGCGGACAGUGCGUCCGGGUCCUCCUCACCGCGAUAUGGCCGUCGUUCGCCAAGGUCGACACCCCCCUGGCCAACGGGACCAUGACCACGGGCGACUUCACGAGCUUCAUCAUCUUCACAAUCUGCUACCUCCCGCUCGUGUGGAUCAAGCCCGAAAAGUACAAGGUCCCCUUUCUGGUAUCCUGCAUCGUCGUCAUCCCGACCAUCUUCGUCAGCCUCGUCUGGUUCACGACCAAGGCCGAGGGGGCGGGCACGCUCGUGCACGACGUCGGCGGACUCACGGGCAUCACGCAGGCCAAAGGCAGCCACCUCGGGUGGAUGAUGACCCUGGGCAUCUGCACGAACAUCAGUUCCAUCAGCGUGCACAUCUUCGUGCAGUCCGACUACACGCGGUACGCGAGGAAGCCCAAGGACCAAAUCUUGGCGCAACUGGUCAUGGUCCCCAUGGGGACCAUCGUCGUGGCCCUCAUCGGCAUCAUCUGCACGUCCUGCGCGGCGCAGAUCUUCCCCGAGCAGGAAGGGACGCUCCUCUGGGCCCCCUACGACCUGUUCGGCGCCCUGCAACAGCACUACGACAACUCGUCGCGGUCCCGCGCGGCCGUGGCCUUCGCGGCCAUCUCGUUCGGCGUCGCCCAGCUGGGGAUGGUCGUGGCCAACAACGGCGUGUCGGCGGGGAUCGACCUGGCCGCGUUGCUCCCUCGCUUCUUCACCAUCCGCCGGGGGAUGCUCUUGAUGUCGUGCCUCGCGUUCGUCGUGCAACCCUGGCAACUCCUCAACGGCGCGAGCAAGUUCCUGACCGUGCUGGGCGGGUACGGCGUGUUCCUGGGACCCAUGACGGGGGUCAUGUUCGCCGACUAUUUCAUUCUUCGAAAGCGGUUGAUCAAACUGACGGAUCUCUACGAGAACCGCCCGGGGAGCGUCUAUUGGUACUCCCACGGCAUGAACUGGAGGGCCCUCGUCGCCUGGGCCAUGGGCGUGUGGAUCAACGUCCCCGGGUUCGCCGAGUUCGUCAAGUACGGCUCCGGCAAGACCCUCGAGGGUUGGUCGAAUCUGUACGACAUUUCCUACCCGUUGGGCCUGUUGUUGUCCGUGUCGACGUACGUCCUGUUGAACAAGUUGUCGCCCAUCACCGGGUUGGCCGAGGUGGACGAUUUGGAUUAUUUCGGCACGUUCGGUCCGGCCGAGACUCGAUCUCUGCGUGGUGAAGAGGUGGUGGAGACUGUCCGGGUCGGUCAGGCUGGGAAGGUCAUGGAUGAUGAGAAGGGGGUUUAGAGCAAUUAUGUUGGGGAAGGAGACGUAGAGUUCUUUUGGGAUUGUAAUGAUUUUUUAUUUGCUUGGAACAUGAAAAUUCCUUG